UCAUCCUUACGGAACCAGCACCCUUCCCUCUCUCUCUCUCACUCUCUUUCUCUCUCACUCUGUCUCUCUCUCUCUUGUGUGUGCAUGCUCUCUUCCUCCCACCCCUUACACCCUGUCUCUGUCUCACUCUCUUUUUCUUCUUCCACUCUCUUGCGCCGCGGCUGCAUGCUCACUGUUCUGAAACGUGAUGAGGCAUCCAGCCCUGUGGGAAUCCCUCCCAGCCGGCAGCGCCCAGCGCAUCUGUGUCCACCAGAGAGGACAGCGGCAACGGCAGCCGUAACUGCAUCAGCGGGGAACAAAAGUGCUCCUCACUCUUCCCCUCACUCCAUCAGCUGCUGCUCAGCAUCCCCUGCCCAGGCAGGCAAGGGACCACUCUAUAACACUGGUGCAUCCGCGCAGGGAAAGUUACCUAAGCCACUUCUAUGUCAUGACCUGAUCUCUGAGAAGAUCCAUCCAUGAGGAACCUCCAGUUACCUGCUGAAGCUGUGUCCUCUAGUAGUGACGUUGAUGCUUUGGAUAGAUGGUAGAUGUCUGUGUCAAACCUGAACAAAAGUUGCACUCAGAGGGUUCAGCCAGAGGUUUCUAUUUAAGACUCAUCAUUUUUAGGACGGAUUCAGCUUUUUGGAGGGUUUUUUCCCGUUCAGAGUGCUCAGAUCUGGAGGAUUUCUAAUCCCACACUCCAUCAAAAUGUCUGUUCUUUUUUCCAUUGCACUUUCUGUCCAGUUCAGAGGCGUGAAGACGGACGUGAAGAGCGCAGAUUCUCACAAACCCUGCCAAAAGGAGGAUGGGUCUCUAGCAGUGAUCUCCAGUACAGAGUUUGACAUAAUGCCUGAGUCAGCAUGGAGUGCAGUCUGUUCUCGACAUUUCCUUUGAACUGCUGCUAGGGGGGCAGGCUGAAAUGGGAGCCAUGGACAGAGGUCUAACGGACAACUCCUCCAUCAGUGCCAAUGCUUCAGACAUCCACCUUGUCACACAUAGCCUGUGGGAGGUCAUCACUAUAGCAACCGUGUCGGCCAUAGUGAGCCUGAUCACAAUAAUUGGGAACGUUCUUGUAAUGCUGUCCUUCAAAGUCAACAGUCAGCUGAAAACUGUUAAUAACUACUACUUGCUGAGCCUGGCCUUUGCUGACCUUAUCAUUGGUAUAUUUUCCAUGAAUUUAUACACCUCCUACAUACUGAUGGGCUACUGGUCACUAGGUAACCUAGCAUGUGAUCUGUGGUUGGCUCUGGAUUAUGUGGCCAGCAAUGCCUCAGUAAUGAAUUUAUUGGUUAUUAGCUUUGACCGCUACUUCUCCAUUACAAGGCCUCUGACCUACAGAGCCAAGCGAACACCAAAGCGUGCUGGAAUCAUGAUUGGCCUGGCCUGGUUUGUGUCCUUCGUCCUGUGGGCGCCUCCAAUUCUGUGCUGGCAGUACUUUGUAGGCAAGAGAACGGUGCCUGAGAGACAGUGUCAAAUCCAGUUCUUCUCAGAACCGGUAAUAACCUUUGGCACUGCCAUCGCUGCAUUUUAUGUCCCCGUUUCAGUUAUGACCAUCUUGUAUUGUCGGAUAUACAAAGAGACAGAGAAGCGCACUAAAGACCUGGCCGAGCUCCAGGGUGUCAACCACUCUACAGACUCUGACAGUAAAGCCCAGCCUCAGAGGGCCAUCAUCAGGUCCUGCUUCAGCAGCAUCUCCAGAGACCAGAAGCAGAAACAGUCAUCUUGGGCUUCAUCCAGCCGCAGCAAAGCUGCCAAAUCUGCCACCGCGUCCAAUGACGAGUGGUCCAAAGCUGACCAGCUGGCCACCUUCAACAGCUACGCCUCUUCUGAAGAUGAGGAGCGGCCCGUGUCUCCUGGACUCCUGCCGGCUUACAGAAACCAUGCUUGUGGAGAGAACAAAGCAGCGCUGUCCAAUGAUGGUGAACAGCUGAGCAGUCAUGAAGACGAGAACUUCUUCCCAUCACCAAUCAAGGCUAACUCCCAAAAAAAUAAGAAGUGCGUCUCAUACAAAUUCAAGCCAGCCGCCAAGGACAGCAACUCUCUACAGACCAGGAACGAAGACACCAAAGCAGCUUCCUUCUCCUCGGCUGAGUCCAUGAGUGUGCCCUCUACAGCCUCAUCCUCCAAGCCUAUUGAUGCGACCCUCAAGAGCCAGAUAACCAAGCGCAAGAGAAUGGUCCUGAUCAAGGAGAGGAAAGCGGCCCAGACUCUCAGUGCCAUUCUGCUGGCCUUCAUUCUCACAUGGACGCCUUAUAACAUCAUGGUACUCAUCUCCACCUUCUGUUCUGAUUGUAUCCCCCUGUCCCUCUGGCACCUAGGCUACUGGCUGUGCUAUGUCAACAGCACUGUCAACCCAAUGUGCUACGCCCUCUGCAACAAGACCUUUCAAAAGACCUUCCGCAUGCUCCUCCUCUGCCAGUGGAAGAAGAAGAGGGAAGAUGAGAAGCUAUACUGGUAUGGACAAAACCCUGCUGUUGGCACUAAGUUAACCUAAGUGCAUCUGAACAAAAUGGAUGAGGAGAGCAUCAUAAUCUCUCUGAAACAUACAGGAGGAAUUUGUUUACUAUCAGAACCUUUUGGUCAUCAUCACUGGCUUCAAUAUAACUGAAUAUGUUUUCCAGUUCAUAGGAACAUGGGUUUCUCAAAUCACUUUUCAAACAUUGGUGAACUAAUGAAGCGCUGAACAAUGGUUGAUUGGUUUAUUGUUCAAGAUGAGGUACAUCUGAGUGUUGCAAAAAUAACAAAUAUAUACUCACAAUUCUUGGUCGGUGAUCUGCUAUUGUCAUUCUGCUAUUUAUGCUUGUCACAAUGUUAGUCUUAAGGGCUAUUACUGUUUCAGCUAUUAGGUUUCGAGUUAAAUAUAUAUAUAUACAUACAUACAUAUAUAUAUAUAUAUAUAUAUAUAUAUAUAUAUAUACAUAUAUAAAAACGCUUAAGAUUGUAUGUGCCCGUCAAAUGCCUUCAUUACUUUUCAAGAAAUAAAUAAGAGCUAAAAACUAAAAAAAAAGAAAGAAAUAAAAAAGAAUUCAAGUG